AUGAGUACCGAUGCAGUGCGACCAGUACAACCAGAUGACGAUCAAUAUUCAUUACGAGUGGUUGAUACUGGUGGAAGCGCCAAAGACCCAAUUCUAGAUUUAGAUCCAUUCACAUCCGUUGCACCUAUUGAUCAUAGUCUAACUGAUUCCUUACAAUAUGUAAGGGAUAAUCCAAACAAAAAGUAUAUCCUUGUGAUGAUUUUAAGAAACAACACACCACCAGAAAUUGAACAAAUAAUUAGGAAUAACCUUAGAUAUUUCACGAAUUUGUCUAUGGUUCAUUUAUUCUUCACAAAUGGUAGUCGAUUCCACAAUGCAUGGCGAAGUCGUCACGCUCCCCUGAUUCAUUCAUGCCGAUCAAUCACUGCUAACAUUUCACGUGAUCUCAGGACAAUUUGUAGCGCAUUCUGUGAUCUUAACAUUGAAUUCUGUGAUGAUCGACUCCAAGAUUGCCAACAACAACAAGAAAGAAGCAUUGGCAAUAUUUUUCAUCAUCAAAAAAUAACCUACAUUAACCUCAAACAGCAUUACACAGAUCGACAGCGCAGAGAGUGUACACAAAUCAGCGGUGCAGUAAGUGUACCUAAUUCAAAUUGA